CAGGGGCGGACUGAAAACUCAUGGGGCCCCCGGGCAAUAGGGGAUCAUGGGGCCCCUGUGUCCUUGCCCAAACUCAAAAAAAGCCUAUGAAAUAGGUACUAGGGGCAUCUCAUGGGGCCUCCUCCUGACCCCAGGCCCUUGGGCAGUGCCCGAGUUUCCAAAUGGUUAGUCCAUCCCUGGUCUGCCCAUAUGAGGUAUGAGCACACAGAUUACACUGACUGCAGUCUGCCGGAGAGCUGUAUGGCACCAGCGAUCUGCUGAUUGUUGACUUUUUAAAAUACAAAUAAUUUAUUUUAUAUACAUCUAUAUAGA